CUUAUGACAACCAAAGUCUAACCUAAGAUUUUGUUCUGAGAAUCUUUCGCAGUUUUUUGAAUUUCUUUCAACAAUUGUAAUUAACAAGUUGCUGAAAUAAAUGUCUUCUUUAGACGUCGCGUGGUUUUAGUUUAGUAAUGCAUUUUAAAUAUUCCUUCUCAAAUGGUUGAGGAAAAUGUUCAGUCCUCCAGCUUCUAUAUGGCUAACUAACUAUAAAAAAGUUUAGGGACACAAUUCCUAAAGCAUGUGAUAUUACCUUAAUCCGAUUAUAUUAGUAAAUAUGAAAUUUCCAUUCAUACUUGUAUAAUAAUUAGCUAUAGAAUGGUUACCAUUCGCUGGAAAAUCCGGAAGUUUCCAUAUAACAUAUAUCGUUCCAUUAGAUCAUCCUUUCAAAAAUUUUACUACACAUUCCGUUCAUUAACUUACAAUCAUUACAUGGAUCAAAGUUAUGCAGCAGACGUUUGUAUGGAGCCACUAGUAUGGUUUGUUGACAAUUUUACACACACUAUCGGACCGUUAUUUGUGGUAGCUGUAAUUUGUCUAACUGCAUCUGUAGUGGGAAUUGCAUACUGGAUUGGUAUCCCAUACUGGUGGAAUCGAAAUCCAUUUUUCUGCAUUAUAUUAAUAAUAAUUGGCCAUUGGUUAUUGCUGAAUGUCUCCUUCCAUUAUUAUAUGGGUGUUGUUACACCUCCAGGAUUUCCUCCUCAGGAUGAACUGAUUACUGAGGUUGUAAGUAUUUGUAAAAAGUGUAUCGCUCCCAAACCUCCAAGAACUCAUCAUUGCUCAGUGUGCAAGCGGUGUAUUUUAAAAAUGGACCAUCAUUGCCCAUGGUUAAAUAACUGUGUGGGUUACAGAAACCACCGGUACUUCUUUAUGUACACUGUCUAUAUGGUAGUUGGUGUACUUUUCAUUAUCAUUUUUGGAUUUGAUUUAGCUUACUCUGGAAUUUGGUUAUCAUCUGAUGAUUACGAUGAUCCUGAGCUAGAGGGACAUCCUGUUAAAUUUAAUAAGACCGGAGCUCUUAUACCCGUCACCGACAUAUUGUACUUAGAUACCAAUUCUCUCGUCCAAGAUCACAUUAAUGACGGCAUUGAACUUAUUCAUCCGUGGAAGAAACGUGCAAUAAUAUACAUGGCCCUGAUCAAUACCGGUGUAUUAGUGGCACUCGGCGGUUUGGCGUCCUGGCACAGUAGACUUAUUACGAAGGGGGAAACGAGCAUAGAGGCGAACAUUAAUAAGGCCGAGACGUUGCGGUGCCUUAAUUUGGGCAAGAUCUAUAGAAAUCCGUAUAAUUUUGGCCCUCGAAAAAAUUGGAAAAUUUUUCUCGGACUAAUCAGAGAAAGUGUGGCGAAUCUUCUAGAACGUUUUCAAGGCGCCAUUGAGUCCAUAACGGAUUAUUCACCGGCGAUACGGAACGAAACGAACGACGAUGUCGAAGUGCUAUAAAUGGGACUACAAAAGUAAGAGACAAAUAUUAAUUGAUCUGUUAUAAAGCAACAAACGAAGGCUGGUCAGGAUAAAAUCCAACUCGGUCAUCAGAUCAUGGAAGCAGAUCAACAAGAAGUAAGAGCUAUUAAAGAUGAGAUACAACGUUUGCCAGAUAAGAUUCAUACGACGAACUACGAACACAAUUUAUAUUAUUCACUGCACAUAUGUGAAACGUGAUGCGCCAUCUAUGAUAAAACAAGAUCCACUUGCUGUUCGACGAUCGUCCCCGAACCGUGUGAAUGUAUUGGUAAGACCUUUGGGACAGUUUCAGGCCGCUAUGCUAAGUGACCAGUAGAAGAGAAAGCAGCUUCUCUAACAGUUCUGAUACGUACAAAUGCGUAGACAUCAGCAACAAGAUUUUGAGCAAAUUGUAUCACGGUUAAAGACUCAGUAUUAUUCGCAAUUAAUGAAUCCAAGAGAAAAAUCAGGUUGAUAAGAUUGGGGUAUCCUACGGCUGUGGUGUGAACGCACACAUAAGAAGACGUUGCCGCGACAGUACUGUGACCAGUGGUCGAAGUGGCAAAUAUUUUUUACCGGUAUGGCUGAACUGAUAAAAUCUUAGUAUUGUAUGUAUGCGUAUAUUAUCAUAAAAAAACGGUCGUCAUGCCUAUGUGGAUAAAUUUUUUACCGGUAUGUUUCACAAAAACUAAAAAUCUAUCGGUAUGCCAUACCGCCGCAUACCGCCUCACUUCGACCACUGACUGUGACCAAGAAAAAAUUGAACAGAUCAUUGGGAAGGAGCAAGCAAGUUAUGUCCCGGAGAUUGCCAUCCAAGACGUGCACGACUCACUGCACUUAUGGAUAAUGAUUAGGUUACCCAAGAACUCUGGAUAGCUCAAGAAGAGCAACCUGAAAGGAGCUCCAAUUUUAAAGAUGUAUUGGGUUCAAUAGGACUUUUAAAGAGAGUUCUAGAAAAUGAUGAUGGCACGACCACAAGUAUACAACUGGUGAUACUAGAGCAGAAAAUCUGGAAUACUACAACUGCAGAUGCACAAUGAUAUAUUGGUAUUCAGGGAGACGUCUAGGAGUGACAAAAACCCUGCGCAAGAGGCGUUAACAGUUCUACUGAGCAAAUUGCAAACAAAAAGACGUGAAGGAGGACCGCACAAAAUGUGCAGUUUGUGCCGCAAGCAACGGAGCGGUACAUAAGAAGAAAGCAGUAAUGAAGCAAUAUGGUAGUCCAUUUGAACAAUAGAUAUGGAUAUCUCAGGCCCCUUCCCAGAGACAGCUUCUGGAAAUAAAUACAUCUUGAUGAUCAUGGACUAUUUUGGCAAAUGCCCCACCAGAUCAAAAAGAGUCAACUGAUACACAUCUUCUGGUAAAAGAACAUUCUAGCAGAUUCGAAGUACCCCUGGAACUACAAACUGAAAAGGUAGAAUGUAUGAAUAGGACAAUGCGGAAACACUUGUCCAAGAUGUAGGUAUAUUGGACCAUAAGCAUGGAAACAUUUAUUACUGAUGGCGAACCAUUCUGCAGCGCAGGAAACCAAAGGACAGAGCCUAGCUGCCGUUGUGUUUGAACGAAAAGGCCUCAUACCAUGAUUCGAAAUUUGGUACAAAAUACUAAUCCGCCAC